UUGCUUUUAGGUUUCACUCUUCACUGUCUUUAUGUUCUGUCACAACUCAUAUCUAAAGACAGCAGUGUAGUCUGAUGGGGCCCUUGAGGACAACAUUGAUGGAUCCUGAUACGUGGCUGUUUUUGGGAAAGCCCUGGUGACCGACAGUUACUUGUGUGCUGCAGCUAGCGGAUCCCAGCCUUCCUCAGCAGCUGGGGAGAGAGCACAAACUCAGCGGCGCAAGCCUGCCUCCACCAAGCCGGCCUGGAUGGCAGGGACACACUGGUGCAAAGACUGCCGAAACCAUAAGCAUUACUGGUUGCAAGUGCUCUUUGGACCGUGGGACGGAUGAAAGGUGGAAGCUGUAGGAGGCCCUGCUGGGCUGUUGCUGCUCUGUUUAUCCCAGUUACCCUGCUGAUGCUGACCUCCAGAGGGGCAUCAAGCAGCCAGAAGAUGACACAAACAGCUAUGGCUCAUGCAACAGCCACGGCUGCAGGACCAGGCCGCAGCCUGACAGAUGACCUCCCAGGCCUCCAGGCCGUAGCAGACUUCUUAGCCAGCGAACAUGCUCAUGUUUGGCUCCUGUCCCUGGUGGGCUCUGUUGCUGUGGGCCUCAGUGGGGUUUUCCCCCUGCUUGUCAUUCCCAUUGAGGCUGGAGCAGCCCUCAAAACAGAAGCUGGAUGCCAGAAGUUGAAGCAGCUCUUGAGCUUUGCUAUUGGUGGUCUCCUUGGCGAUGUGUUUCUUCACCUCCUUCCUGAGGCGUGGGCACUCUCUGGCACUUCAGCUGGUAAACAAAACCACUACGCGACCCAGGGCUUGUGGGUAAUCGUUGGCCUGUUGGCCUUCCUGCUCCUGGAGAAAAUGUUCCCAGACCAAGACAGCCACGAGGAUCCGACUUCAAACUCAGACCUGAAUUUUAACUCUCCUACACAGUCUAAUUCAGUUUUCAGUGAAAAGGCAGUGGUAUCACUCAGAAACGGGCACCAUGCUGAGUCAUGGAAAUCCUCCAAGCAACAGAGUCUGCAGGAAAGAUCAGAGAAAAUCAAGACAAGUGGCUACCUAAACCUGCUGGCUAACUGCAUUGACAACUUCACUCAUGGACUAGCAGUAGCAGGGAGUUUCCUGGUUAGCAAAAAGGUUGGGUUCCUCACCACCUUUGCUAUCCUGCUCCAUGAAAUCCCCCAUGAGGUGGGAGACUUUGCCAUCCUGCUGAGGGCCGGCUUUGACCGAUGGAGCGCCGCUCGCAUGCAGCUGUCCACAGCUCUUGUCGGGGUCUUGGGAGCUUGCUUUGCUCUGUGCACUCAGUCACCAAAAGGCACAGAAAAUGCCACUGCCUGGAUUUUGCCUUUCACUUCUGGAGGCUUUCUCUACAUAGCCCUGGUGAAUGUGGUCCCUGACCUGUUAGAAGAGUCUAGCUUAAGACACUCCCUUCUGCAGAUCCUGCUCAUCUUCUGUGGAGUGGCUGUCAUGGCUCUGCUCUCUGCCAUUGUUGACUGAACAUGGAGGCCUUACCAAACACUAAAACCCAGCACUGAAGGGAAAUCCCAUUCUCUACCAACUCCUCAUAUCUGGUACCUCUCAUUCUUAAAAACCACACCUUGACUAAGAGAUUUCACCUCUCCGACAUCAUCGUCAUCGUAUUAUCAUCAAAUUACACCAAAACAAAUGUCUGACAAAAGAAUGGCACUUUAUGGAUGGAUGAGUGACAGGUCUUCUCGAUCUGCUGACAGGACAUUUGUGUGGACACUUGAAAAUGUGCCAAACAUGAAUAUCAAGAGACUUAAGAGGGUUUGUAUCGAUAUCUGUCACCAAAUCGUUUAAUAUUGUUGAUCAGACAAUCAUGUUGUUUUGCACAUUUACAUUUACACAGGUACACCUGAUGUACCUGCUCAACAGAACAGGCGUCAUUGGACCUUCACAGGGACCCCUUCGUCUUUGAAAUGUAUUGAACGCUAAAUUGUUUAAGCAUCGUAAGUAUUUGUUACUGUUGUGCAUCUUUUGUUUCUGUUGUAGCUGCUGCAUAUUUAUUGAAAAAGACACAAGCAACCCAGUUUUAUCAGACGCGUGCUGCAGCCACCACGCCAUAAUCUUGUCUAGUUAAGAAAUAAGUGCCAAGAAGUCAGGAUGGUCUGUUACACUAGUGUCCGAUCUACACAUAAGUAUACUUUUUUCAUGGUUGUAUCUCCCUCACUCACAGUACAGUCUGCACCUUUUAAAACACAAGAUGGUGCUUACACAGAGUCAAUAAAUAAAUGUUUAAAAAGUUUAAAGUAAUUGAAGAAAAAGAUUGAUGCUGUUUGUACUCAGUCUUGACCUAUACUUGUUACCAGGAACUCUGUGAGUCAUUAGACAGAUAAAAACUCUUCACCAUGCAGGAUUAUUCAUUUCUUUAUGUUGUUUACUCACCUCUCGGUUAAAGUUUCCACUCCCGAGGAAAUAAACUUUAAAUUUCUCUAUAAUA